CACCACACUUCCUGUUUCGGAUUAAAGAAAAUAUCGCUAUUAAUGGUAUAUUCAAUCUGAUAUGACGAAUGAAUUGCAGUGAUUUACCAUACCGUUUAUGAGAGAGAACACACGGCCUGACCAUGCCUGUGUCCCUGCUGUGGGCAGUGGAUGUGUACGGGCGUGUUUACAGCCUGUCCACUGGAGGGCAGCAGUGGGAGCAGUGUCAUGAUGCCUUGUUAGAGUUUAAGAGGGUGACAGCCGUACAGCAGUGUUGCUGGGGUAUCGCCUGUGACCACCACAUCUACCUGAAUGUCCACUCUAGUGAUGUACCCAUACGUUACCAGGAGGAGACAUACGAGAACCAGAGAUGGAAUCCCAAGGAUAACUUCUCGGAUCACUUGUUGCCGAGCGACCGCUGGCAUUGGAGUGACAUCACAGGGCUGGAACACCAACCCCUGGACAGUUUCCUUCUUCCCUCGACCAACUGGGAGUGGGAGGGGGACUGGUACAUCGAUGAGAACUUUGGAGGAGAACCCACAGAGAAAGGAGGUUGGACCUAUGCCAUGGACUUCCCUGCCACCUACAUCAAAGACAAGAAGUGGAACUCGUGUGUCCGUCGCCGGCGAUGGAUCCGCUACAGGAGGUACAAGGCCACGGACACCUGGGCCAAGAUCCCAUCCGAGGGUCACAGUGGUCCCCUGCCAGACCCCUUUAAUGACAUCAGCUGUGGAGGCUGGGAGAUCAGUGAGGAGCCCAGGGGGAGGCUGUCUCUGUGGGCUGUCUCUCUACAGGGCAAGGUGUGGUUUCGUGAGGGUAUCCAUCACCACAGCCCAGAGGGGGAUGGCUGGGAGGAGGUGUCUCUGCCUGGGGAGGUGGUGCAGAUCAGCUGUGGGCCAGGGGACCUGGUUUGGGCUGUGCUCUGGGAGGGACAACUCAUUGUCAGGGAGGGCAUCACCAGAGACUGCCCACAAGGCUCGUCCUGGGUGGUGGUGGACUCUCCCAACCCAGAGGCCGGGGCCAUCCACGUAGCUGUGGGGGACAACGUAGUCUGGGCCGUCACCAAGGACAACAAAGUAUGGUUCAGGCGUGGCAUCAACUCCCAUAACCCAUGUGGUUCAGGCUGGAUCGGGAUGGUCGGGGAGAUGGUCAUGGUCAACGUGGGCCUCAACGACCAGGUGUGGGGUAUUAGCUGUGUGGACCGGGCAGUGUAUUUCCGUCAGGGUGUGACCUCCAGUGAGUUGAGUGGUAAAGCCUGGAAGGCUGUCAACGUGCCCCGAGACGGAGACAUCAGGUCCCACUCCUCCGCCAGCAUUAGCAGUCUGCACAGUGCUGGUUGUUUCUUCAGUGGUGAGGUCCAAGCCCAGUCUGUGAUGAGUGAAGACUCGGACACAGAGGGCGGUCCACAGAGGGCGGUCCUAGAAGUAGGGUCAUGCCCCUCCUCUCCUCCCCCUGAGACCCCUCCCAUUGACCCCGACGUCCCCAAACCACGCAUCCCUAAGGUCACCAGCGACAGCUUCAUCUCUGAGAUGCUCUCCGACCGUGAGGUCAAACAGGAGGGGGCCACCGCUGCCACCACUGCCAGUCCCUCUAUCCCAGAAGAGGAAGUCGCUCUUGGGGAACCGGAGGCCAAGUGUCCCCCUCCGGCCCUGCUUCUCUCCCCCAGCCUGUCUGGAGGGCUUGGGGACCCCCAGUGGAGUAACGUGGACCUGGAAGAGACCCAGACUCACCUGGCUGUGGGGCCUGCCGUGGUGAGAGGGGACUCGGCUGACACCUGUAGUCUGUCCUCGGUGGCCACCUACACCCUGUGUCAGGGGGAGCCGUAUGGGGCAGAUGAACACCCGCUCUGGGCAUGGGUCAGUGGAGGAGGCUGUGGUGUGAACUGUCACUCCCAGCUCAACUGGUUCAACUCUGCCACAGCCCUGGCAUCAUCAGUCCAGUCCAUGAGUCUGUCCAUCAGUCCAGCCCAGACAGCUGCCUGGCGGAAACAGAUCUAUGAGCAGCUCAGCGAACGCUCCAAGAGAGAGCUGGACCACUUUAAACACUACGAACAGGCCGUAGAACAGUCUGUGUGGGUGAAGAAAGGGACCAUGCAGUGGUGGAGGGACUGGAAGCCCCAUAAGUGGGUGGAUGUGAGGUUUGCCCUGGAGCAGUUCUCAGGGCCUGAGGGAAACCAGGACGGCAUCCUCUUCCUCUACUACAACUUCAAUGAGGAGAAGAAGUACCUGCAUGCGUUCAUCAACGAGGUGACUAUCUUGGUGCCGGUGCUGAAUGACUCCAAACACACGUUUGCCGUCUACACAGCAGAGAGGACCAAACAGAGGUGGCCUAUCAGACUGGCUGCUGCCACUGAGGUGGAGAUGCAUGACUGGCUGGCCCUGCUGAGUGUGUCGUGCUGUGACGCCCGAGGGAUCCAGGGUCCCCCUUCCAAACAAGCCAUCUGGUCAGUCACCUGUAAAGGAGACAUCUUCGUCUGUGAGCCUUCGCCUAGCCUGGAGGCCUGUCCCUACCCCACACCAUGUGACCAGAUGUUCUGGCAUCAGGUGGGGGGCCACCUACGUCUGGUGGAGUGUAACAGUCUGGGGGUGGUGUGGGGGGUAGGCUACGACCACACUGCCUGGGUCUACACCGGCGGCUAUGGAGGGGGAUUCUUCCAGGGUCUGGCCAGCAGCACAGAUAACAUCUACACCCAGACAGAUGUGAAGUGUGUCUACAUCUAUGAGAACCAGAGGUGGAACCCAGUCACAGGUUACACCAACAGAGGCCUCCCAACAGACCGUUACAUGUGGAGUGAUGCAACAGGACUGCAGGAGUGUACCAAGGCCAGCACCAAGCCUCCAUCUCCUCACUGGACAUGGGUAGCAGACUGGACCAUUGACUAUGGGAUCUCCGAGGGGACAGACCGAGAGGGUUGGCAAUACGCAGCUGAUUUCCCAACGUCGUAUCAUGGCCACAAGACCUUGAAGGACUUUGUUCGUCGUAGACGAUGGGCCAGGAAGUGUAAACUGACGACCACAGGGCCGUGGCAAGAAGUCCCGCCCAUCUUGUUGAGUGACGUGACCAUCGUCCUGUGUGGAGCUCAGAGCAGUGUUGAGCCGAUCCCUCUGUGGGCCAUCAGUAACAAGGGAGACGUGCUCUGUAGACUGGGGGUCACCAUACUGACUCCUGCCGGGACGUCGUGGCUUCACGUGGGCACAGACCAGCCUUUUAAGUCUAUCUCCAUCGGGGGGGACAACCAGGUGUGGGCCAUUGCCAGGGAUGGAUCUGCCUUCUACAGGGGCUCUGUGUCCUCAGAGAGCCCUGCAGGAGAUUGCUGGUACCACAUCCCCUGUCCUGGAAGACAGAAGCUCCAACAGGUGUCUGUAGGGAGAACUUCGGUCUACACUGUGGAUCAAAAUGGUAACCUGUGGUUCAGACAGGGCCUGACUCCCAGCUACCCUCAGGGAUCAUCAUGGGAACACAUCUGCAACAAUGUACGCAAGGUCUCCGUAGGACCUCUAGACCAGGUGUGGAUCAUAGCUGACAAGGUGCAAGGCAGCCACAGUCUGAGCUGUGGGACAGUCUGCCACCGUCUGGGGGUUCAGCCCAUGGACCCAAAGGGACAGUCGUGGGACUACGGCAUCGGGGGUGGCUGGGACCACAUCACUGUGAGAGGGAACUCCAUUGAGGCUCCUCGUGUCCGUAUUCCCUCCCUGACGCCCUCCCUCACCGCCUCCCUAACGGACCCCCUCCGCCCCCCUCCACCCCGCAGCCUGCUCCCUGUCAUGAUCACGGAGAUGGAGAACGGGAACGCUGUCCGGUGUUAAACACACACACCUACAGUACUUGCUAGUGGACACUAUCUCUGUUCUGUCUUCAGCCCAACUCUCUCUUCAGAUACGCCACAAUGCAACUACCCCACCAUCCACACUGUACUGUAGCUCCCAGCUCCAGCCUCAGCUCUUCUGACCUAUCACCUGGCUGUGUUAAAAGACCUUUGAACCCUAUCUCCGCACCUUCAACUUGACUCAGCCAAUCACCUUCUCUCUUCACAGCUAGCAGAUCAUGUUCAGUAUUUCCCACAUAGAGCACUAAAGUCGUUUUUAAACCGUGUCACUGAGUCUUUGAACAUUGCGGUAUUGUAAUUUAAAGGUUAACUCAGCUAAAAGACGUUGCCACGAGCAGCACCGCAAAUAUUCAGAUAAGCGAGAUGCAAGUCACACACAGUAUCUGCGCAUGUACACAGGUUCGCUUCACGCUGUUGGAGCGGUAGGUACGGAUCGCUUCACGCUGUUGGAGCGGUAGGUACGGUUCGCUUCACGCUGUUGGAGCGGUAGGUACGGAUCGCUUCACGCUGUUGGAGCGGUAGGUACGGUUCGCUUCACGCUGUUGGAGCGGUAGGUACGGAUCGCUUCACGCUGUUGGAGCGGUAGGUACGGUUCGCUUCACGCUGUUGGAGCGGUAGGUACGGAUCGCUUCACGCUGUUGGAGCGGUAGGUACGGAUCACUUCACGCUGUUGGAGCGGUAGGUACGGUUCGCUUCACGCUGUUGGAGCGGUAGGUACGGUUCGCUUCACGCUGGUAGAGAGUGGUAGGUACGGUUCGCUUCACGCUGGUAGAGAGUGGUAGGUACGGUUCGCUUCACGCUGGUAGAGAGUGGUAGGUACGGUUCGCUUCACGCUGGUAGAGAGUGGUAGGUACGGUUCGCUUCACGCUGGUAGAGAGUGGUAGGUACGGUUCGCUUCACGCUGGUAGAGAGUGGUAGGUACGGGACCAAAACAAAGGAAAUUGACCCACUAUGCUGUUUACUUUCUGCAUCUACUUCAUAUAUGAGUCUACGUUUAAAUCUGUGCUCUUAAGAUAUCUUUUUGUUUUAUUUAUGGUUUUUGUUUGGUUGAAUGUUUUUUAUGUGUGUGUUUGGUGUGUACGGUAUUAUGUGAGUAGAUUUUUGUUGUUUAUGUUAUGGUGGUAAUUGAUUUAUCUUUUUAAAAUAAUAUGUGUUUUGGGGGGGUAUUCAAUGUGAUUGGGGCGACGUUAAGAUGGGUAAGAAAGCGUCACUGUCGGCCCAUUUAUUUGUGACUUAUUAUAAAAAGUCUGUAUCAGGAAGUUACAGUACUUACUACUUUGUACCUGCUGGCAACAGGUCGAGAUUCUACUGGAGUCACACCAAAAACAAUAAGGAUUUAUUUAACGAGAAUAAUUUGUUAUUAACGUUUGAUAACACAUGAUGCUUUUACAGUUCUAGGCCUUCCCCCUGAAUGGUUUGUAUCUGUGAUGGCCACAGUGAAGAGUUUGUAUGCCCAUGUAUUUUUGACAGCACUCGAAAAGAAAGUAUAUAUUCUUCUUUUCAUGAAAAAUUUGCAAUGUGUAGUUCACACUGGACCGAGGUGUGAAUUGCUUGGAAAGUGAUUUCUUUGCGGGGCUUUAAAGUUGAACUGUUUAUUUCUCAGGUAAAUAAGAGUUCUCCUAAACGCUAUUAUUGGCAUGUUUUUGACCUUCUACAAUUGUAGCAGUAAUGACUGACAGGCAACACACGUGAAAGGUUUGGUGGAAAGAACAAAUAAAUAUUUUUGUUAUAAAUCUG